AUGUACAAAGAUAUUGAAAAACAUAUUUUAUCUUGUCUCAAUUGUUGGAAAAAUGAACCUUCUCGCCGUAAACCAGAUGGUCAUUUGCAAUCAAUUGAACCCCCUCGUGGUGUGUGGGAGCGUCUAGCUAUGGAUUAUGUCGGACCUGCACCUCAAUCUAAGUCUGGUAAGAAAUAUUUUAUUGUCCUUACAGAUCUUUUUUCAAAAUUCGUUGUAACCAAAGCCGUUUAUGAUAAUACUUCAACAACAGCUGCUCGAUUUUUAUUAUAUGAUGUAUUUAUGAUCUAUGGUGUUCCAUCAGAAAUUAUCACAGAUAAUGGUCGCCACUUCACAUCAUCAUUAUAUAAAUCCUUACUCAAAUUAGCUGAUUGUUGUCCCGCAAAAACUACACCUUACAAUCCACAAGCUAAUGGUCAAUGUGAACGUCAUAAUGCUACAUUAGUCCCUAAUCUAGUUGCACUCUCUAAUCAUUCUCGGUCCCGUUGGGAUGAAAACUUAUUACCCACAACAUUUAAUUAUAAUGCAACUCAGCAUGCUUCCACUAGUUAUACACCAUUUGAAUUAAUGUUCGCUCGUGCUCCUCGGUUUAUAGCUGAUCUAGCUUCGGAUCUUAUCAUUCCAACGGACGUUCAACAUAAUCAUGACACAAUGAAACAAUUUAUCGAACAUGUCAAAAUUGCAGCUCGACACAAUACCCUUAAACAUCAACAUAUAGCUAAACAACGAUAUGAUCGUAAUCGUGAUUCGUCUAGUAAUAAAUUCUCUUCCAAAUUUAUUGGCCCGUACAUAAUUAUCAAUAAGCUCACUGACAAAACAUAUAUGGUACAGCAUACUACAACAGAUCAUCGAGCUCAAGUAACAGUGCAAGAUCUCAGAUCGAUUAAUUAA